AGUAGCACUCAGACAAGAGCUCAGACAUCAAGCCCCACUCCAGGGCUGGAUUCCGGACACCCACUAUUCAUUGUGUUUUGCAUACCCCGAUGACUUGAGAACCAUUAAUUCAACAGACAUCUGUACAGCAGGGCCUGCAAAUCUUGCUUGUUCUCUAGCCUGGGCCUGGGCACACAUGAGUGCCUGCAGUGAGCAGUCCAUAGAGGUUGGCGUGCACUAGGACUCAAGCUGUUCCGGAAGCGGCCAGUAUCAGAACCUCUGGCGGGAGAGAAGGGAAGGGAGAGGCCGCGUCCCCAGCCGCUGGGGAGCGGUGCUGGUGCUGCCCCAGGGCCGAGGGUGGAGCUUUCCUGGUCGGGAAAGGGCUGGGCCCGGCCCACAUGUGAGGGCAGGACAGAGUGACGGCAGGCGCUCCCCUGAGAAGUCUGGGUGACAAACACUGCCGGCCUGAUUCCCGGGUUUCCCCUGCAACUCUGAGCUGCGGAUAACCGAGUACCCCAGAUUCUCGGAACUCAAUCCCGGAUUUCAGAUCCUCAGGACCUUGCAAGUCUGAGCUCAGAUUUCUCCCUGGACUCCAGAUUUCCGGAACAGGACGUCCGACUGAUCUCCGGAUCCCCGGAUCCCGUAGGAGAUUCUCGGAUCUCGACUGGAUUCCCAAUCCCGAGAUCCCUGGAUCCACCGCCCCAGCCUCGUGUCCUGCCCCAGUUUCCCAGGACCCGGCGCGCCGCGCCUGAGCGCCCUCGCAUGGCGGGGCAGUGCACCGGGUCCGGGACCUUGGAGCGAGCGGGCAGUUGCUGGCAGGACCCGCUGGCCGAAGCGCUGAGUCGGAGCCGGCCGCUAGCUACCCCACCAGGCCGGAGCUGCGCUCGGAGCCGGCCUCUCAGCGUGGUCUACGUGCUGACCCGGGAGCCGCGGCCCGGGGUGGAGCUUGGGGCGGGAACCCAGGCGGAGCCGCUGCCGCUCCGUUGCCUGCGCGAGGCUUGCGCGCAGCUCCCAGGGCCACGGCCACCGCCACAGCUGCGCAGCCUGCCCUUUGAGACCUUGGCCCUGGGAGACACGGCCGCGAUGGACUCCUUCUACAACGCGGACGUGGUGGUCCUGGAGGUGAGCAACUCCCUGGCACAGCCCUCCCUAUUCUACCACCUUGGUGUGCGUGAGAGCUUCAGCAUGACCAACAAUGUGCUCCUCUGCUCCCAGGCCGAGCUCCCUGACCUGCAGGCCCUCAGAGAGGAUGUUUUCCAGAAGAAUUCGGAUUGUGCUGGUAGCUACACACUGAUCCCCUACGUGGUGACAGCCACUGGUCGGGUGCUAUGUGGUGAUGUGGGCCUUCUGAGGGGCCUGGCUGAUGGGUUGGUUCAGGUUGGGGUGGGCACUGAGGCCCUGCUCACUCCCCUGGUAUGCCGGCUUGCUCGCCUGCUGGAGGCCACUCCUACAGACUCCUGUGGCUAUUUCCGGGAGACCAUUCGGCAGAAUAUCCGGCAGGCUCGGGAGAGAUUCAGUGGGCAGCAGCUGCGGCAAGAGCUGGCUCGUCUGCAGCGGAGACUGGACAGUGUGGAGUUGCUGAGCCCUGACAUCAUCAUGAACCUGCUGCUUUCCUACCGUGAUGUGCAGGACUACUCAGCCAUCAUCGAGCUGGUGGAGACCCUACAGGCCUUGCCCACCUGCGAUGUGGCUGAGCAACACAAUGUCUGCUUCCACUACACAUUUGCCCUCAACCGGAGGAACAGGCCUGGGGACAGGGAGAAAGCUCUGAAUGUGCUGCUGCCACUGGUUCAGUGUGAGGGCUCUGUGGCACCUGAUCUGUACUGCAUGUGUGGCCGUGUCUACAAGGACAUGUUCUUCAGCUCUGGCUUUCAGGAUGCUGGGUACCGGGAGCAGGCCUAUCACUGGUAUCGCAAAGCCUUUGACGUGGAACCCAGCUUGCACUCCGGCAUCAAUGCUGCUGUGCUCCUCAUUGCGGCUGGGAAGCACUUUGAGGACUCUGAGGAACUGCAGCUGAUAGGCAUGAAGCUGGGCUGCCUGCUGGCCCGCAAAGGCUGUGUGGAGAAGAUGCAGUAUUACUGGGACGUAGGUUUCUACCUGGGAGCCCAGAUCCUUACAAAUGACCCCAUCCAGGUGGUGCUGGCUGCAGAGCAGCUGUAUAAGCUCAAUGCCCCCAUAUGGUACCUGGUGUCAGUGAUGGAAACUUUCCUGCUCUACCAGCACUUCAGACCCACACCAGAGCCCUCUGGAGGACCCCUGUGUCGAGCACACUUCUGGCUCCACUUCUUGCUACAGUCCUGCCAGCCAUUCACGACAGCCUUUCCCAAGGGGGACCAGUGUUUGGUGCUGGUCCUGGAGAUGAACAAAGUCCUGCUGCCAGCAAGACUUGAGUUUCAGGGUAUGGACCCUGUCAGGGCAGUGACCCUAAGACUGCUGGAGCCUGAGACCCAGGACAACCCCUCUAGCUGGACCUUCCCAGUGGCCUCCAUCUGCGGAGUCAGCGCCUCCAAGCGGGACGAGCGCUGCUGCUUCCUCUGUGCUCUUCCUCCGGCUCAGGACGUCCAGUUGUGCUUCCCCAGCGUAGGGCACUGCCAGUGGUUCUGCGGCCUGAUCCAGUCUUUGGCAACGAAUCCAGAUUCCACGGCGCCCGCGGAGGAGGCGGCGGGUGUAGGGGAGGUGCUGGAGUUUGAUUAUGAAUACACGGAGACUGGCGAACGGUUAGUGCUGGGCAAAGGCACUUAUGGUGUAGUGUACGCAGGCCGCGAUCGGCACACGAGGGUACGCAUCGCUAUCAAGGAGAUCCCCGAGCGGGACAGCAGGUUUUCUCAGCCUCUGCAUGAAGAAAUCGCUCUUCACAAACGCCUGCGCCACAAGAAUAUCGUGCGUUAUCUGGGUUCAGCCAGCCAGGGCGGCUACCUCAAAAUCUUCAUGGAGGAAGUGCCUGGAGGCAGCCUCUCCUCCUUGCUGAGGUCAGUAUGGGGACCCCUGAAGGACAAUGAGAGUACUAUCAGUUUCUACACCCGCCAGAUCUUGCAGGGACUCAGCUAUCUGCAUGACAAUCGGAUUGUGCACCGAGACAUCAAGGGGGACAAUGUGCUCAUCAACACCUUCAGUGGUCUGCUCAAAAUUUCUGACUUUGGUACCUCCAAACGACUGGCGGGCAUCACACCCUGCACUGAGACCUUCACAGGAACCCUGCAGUAUAUGGCCCCAGAAAUCAUUGACCAGGGCCCACGAGGAUAUGGGAAGGCAGCUGACAUCUGGUCGUUGGGCUGCACUGUAAUUGAGAUGGCCACAGGUCGCCCACCCUUCCAUGAACUAGGGAGCCCACAGGCUGCCAUGUUUCAGGUGGGCAUGUACAAGGUACACCCGCCAAUGCCCAGUUCUCUGUCAGCUGAGGCCCAAGCCUUCCUCCUCAGAACAUUUGAGCCAGACCCCCAUCUCCGAGCCAGUGCUCAAGCACUGCUUGGGGAUCCCUUCCUGCAGCCUGGGAAGAGGAGCCGCAGCCCUGCCUCCCCCCAUCAUGCUCCUCGGCCCUCAGAUGCCCCUGCAGCCAGUCCCAUUCCUUUGGCUGACCCCACCACUCAGUCCCAGACAUUCCCGCAGCCUCAGGCACCCUCUCAGCACCCACCCAGCCCCCCAAAACGCUGUCUCAGUUAUGGGGACACCAGCCAGCUCCGGGUACCGGAGGAGCCUGGGGUCGAGGAGCCUACGUCCCCGGAAGAGAGUUCAGGGCUGAGCCUGCUACAUCAGGAGAGCAAGCGCCGAGCCAUGCUGGCCGAGGUGGUGGAACAGGAGCUGCCAACGCUCGCCGAGAAUCUGUGCCUGGAGCAGGAACAGGGUUCCCGACUGAGCAGGAAUCAUGUGGAACAUCUGCUCCGCUGCCUGGGGGCACACAUCCAUACUCCCAAUCGUCGGCAGCUGGCCCAGGAGCUGCGGACACUGCAGGCGCUUCUGCGGGCGCAGGGCCUUGGGUCUACACUUCUGAAUGGACCGCUCUUCGCCUUUCCAGAUGCGGUGAAGCAGAUCCUCCGCAGGCGCCAGAUCCGCCCACACUGGAUGUUCGUGCUGGACUCACUGCUCAGCCGCGCUGUGCGGGCAGCCUUGGCGGUGCUGGACCCUGAGAUAGAGAAGAAGGAGGGCUCACCGAGGUCAGAGGAAUUGAGUAAAGAAGGGGAGUCUCAGCAGAAGCAACAAGAAUCUCCUGUCUUGCGGAGUAGCGGACUCACAGAAGGAGAGCAAGACCCGCCUCCUCUGAUAGUUCAGCUGGGCCUCUUGCGGGCAGAGACUGACAGACUUCGAGAGGUCCUGGCAGAGAAGGAACGGGAGUGCCAGGCCCUGAUAUACCAGACUCUACACCAGAUGAAUGCAGAGGCCAGGACCUAUGCCCUCGUCUCAGAGCCCCAAGAUGCCCUCCCAAAGGACCAGGGCUUGGUGCAGUGGUUACAGGGGCUAAAGGUGGAUUCAGGCACCAUCCAAACGCUGCUGAACCACAGUUUCACCCUCCGUGCCCUGCUCACCUGUGCCACUCGAGAUGACCUCCUCUAUACCGGCAUCAGGGGAGGGAUGGUAUGCCGCAUCUGGAGAGGCAUCUUGGCACAGCGAGCAGGAUCUGCAUCAGUUACCCCUGGACCCCGGGAGGCUGAAUGAAGGCAUCAGAGGCAGAAAAGACCCAUGGACAGAUGGAGAGAGAAGACUUGAGCAGCCUCUGACAUACCUGCGCAGGACCAGAAGCAAGAGCAGAAGACCAGGCAAAUGGGGCAGGGUAGUGCCCAGAUCUAGCACUGGUGGGGGAACCAACUACAGAGGCAUCCAAGCACAAGCACAACCAAAGACUAUUAAACAGAACACUUUCAUACCCUUGUCUCGGCAACUUCGGAGGUGUAUGGUGGGUGUCCUGGGAGCAGCCCCUCGAAGUCUUUGUGUUUGAAUCUGAGGUUCCUUAAUCUCACCCCUUUCAUCUACCUGGAUCUUUUCUGCUAACACCUUAUUACUGUAACCACCCCUCACCAGCAGACAUCA